AUGCAACCUCUCAGUAUCCGAGACAUUGGACAACUUGCUUCUUACAAUAUACCUCUAAAGGUCCUUGCUAAGCUUUCAAUAUGUCUUCUUUGAAGUCACGAUCUGAGCUUAUCGACUUCCUAAAGUCUAUCCUCGACGCUCGAAAUGAGACGAAAUGGGAAACUCUUGAAUCUCUGUUUCAGCCGAGUAUGUUGAUCGAUACAACCUCUCAACAGCGCGAUAACUUCAUCGCAAACCUGCGUGCCGCCACUGGAGUCUCAGUAAAACUUGACAGUUGUGUGGUGGACGUCAACGCUCAAGCUGUCGCUGCGAGAGUCAUCAAGACUGAAACGCUACCGGAUGGUGGACGUUGCGAGUAUCAGGAGAUCAUCGUCACAUGGUUUGUUGAUGGUCGCUUGGCAACUCUCAAGCGACUUAAAGACGGUGACUCUCGGUCGGCUAAACAAGUUGCAACCCCCUCGCCGUUGGAAGAACUGAAACCUACUUCUCUUGACCUUGCGACGCUGUACCGCGAGUACAUCAAAAGCAUCAAUGACAAGACCAUGGAGGGAAACUUUGACAAGUUCUGUCACCCGUUAGUGACGCAUAAUACCGUGAGGAAGACCAUCGCAGAGUACAUAUCCCUGAUUCAAGAGAGUCAAAGUGCGAUUCAAGGUCUGUACUUCGAUAUUCAAGAUCUCAUCGUAGACAACGAAGCGGGGAGAGUUGCGGCUAGAUUGGAGUUUACCGGUGUUCCUGUCAAGACGUGGGCUGGUGCUGAACCUAGUGGGAAGAGUGUCAAGUUUCAUGAGCAUGUCAUGUAUUGGCUUGAUGAGGGCAAGAUUCAUUGGGUUUGGUCUGUUGUCGAUUUGGAGACAUAUCGAAAGCAGCUUCAGUAAACGGAGUAGAUAUACAGUAAGAACAGAAUUCACAUCGCUCUAGGCGUUUGCCCC